AUGAUAAUCAUCAUAAUUUUCAUUUCUUCUUUGCUGGUGUUAGCUGCAUGGUUGUGUGAAAAGCUAUGGUGGGCUCCUGUUCAUAUACAGAAGCUGAUGAGUUCCCAGGGGAUCAAAGGGCCUUCUUACAGAUUCCUCCAUGGAAACACCAAAGAAAUCUCAGAAGCCAGAAGAGGAAUCACCAGCAAGCCCAUGGAAGACUUGUCUCAUCACAUAUUUCCAAGAAUAUUACCACACAUUUAUUCCUGGAAAAGGCUAUAUGGGGCGAAUUUUCUUUACUGGUUAGGGCCACAACCGGAGCUGGUAGUGACUGAACCAGAACUUGUGAAGGAGAUACUGAGUGACAGAAAGGGGAAUUACCCAAAAAUAGAGCUUCAAGGCUUCAGCAAGAAGCUGCUAGGAGAUGGUGUUUCAUCAUCAAAAGGGGAGAAGUGGGCAAGAAUGCGAAAACUAGCCAACAAUGUCUUCCAUGGAGAAAGCCUCAGAGGUAUGUUUCCAGCCAUGAUCGAAAGUGCAGAAACAAUGCUGGAGGCAUGGAAGGAACACGAAGGGAAAGAGAUUGAAGCUUUUGAGGAGUUCAGGCUGUUAACAUCAGAAGUGAUUUCCAGGACAGCUUUUGGAAGCAAUUACUUGGAAGGGAAAAACAUAUUUGAGAUGCUGAUAAAGCUAACAACCUUAGUCUCCAAGAAUGCUCUGAAUGUUAGGUUUCCAGGGAUCAGUAGAAUCAUGAAGAACAGUGAUGAACUGGAAUCUGAGAAACUUGAGGAAGGUAUCAGAAAUGGAAUAAUUCAGAUUAUAAAGAAGAGAGAGCAGACAAAAACUGGGGAACCAAAAGGCUCUAGAAGAAUAAGAAGUGAUGAUUUUCUUGAGAAACUCUUGGAGGCUAAUAAUCAAGAAAAUGGUGACAAUAACCAAAUUUGCAUACAAGACAUGGUUGAUGAAUGCAAAACAUUCUAUUUGGCGGGGCACGAAACGACGACGUCUUUGCUUGGAUGGGCAACUCUCCUUCUAGCUACACAUGAGGAUUGGCAAGAGAGAGCAAGGAAAGAGGUCAUGGAAGUGUUUGGGCAAGAGAAUCCCACCCCUUAUGGCAUUGCAAGAUUGAAAAUUAUGAACAUGAUUCUUGAAGAAACCUUAAGAUUAUAUCCUCCGGUGCCUUACAUAAAGAGGAAGGUUGAGAAGAAUGUUGUUCUAGGGAACAUAACUCUACCGCCUAAUAUUCAUCUCUACAUUUCACCUCUUGCACUUCAACACGAUCCUGAGAUAUGGGGUAAAGAUGUUCAUAAGUUUAAGCCAGAAAGAUUUGCAGAAGGAGUGGUCAAAGCCACAAACAACCAUCCAAUUGCCUUAUUGCCAUUCGGAUAUGGACCUCGUACUUGUCUGGGCUUAAACUUUGCCAUGGCUGAGGCUAAGGUUGUUCUGUCUAUGAUCCUGCAACGCUACUCGGUUGCGCUGUCUUCAUCUUAUGUUCACUCCCCACUUCAGCUUUUCAUGGUGAGACCAAAACAUGGAGUUCAAGUCAUCCUCCAUAGGAUUUGAUAAGUAUAUUGGAUGGCUCGCAUCUACAGUUGGUUUCUAGAUAAUAAAUUGUGGGUAAGGACACGUAAUUAAACUUGACAACUAUAGUGUGAGUGGUGGCCUCGUUGUGUGCAGUAUAUAGGCAGUGGUUCUCCCACCUAGGAAUGGAGUCUGAUCUAUCCUUCCAUUAUUUUGUCGGCCUUGAAUGUGGGACUUCAGGAAGGGAAUUUCGCAUUUUGUAAGCAUGUCUAGUGCAGUUUGUAAGCAAUAAAAUUGUAUAAUGAGGGGACAUUUUAGUGAAGUUGGUCAAACUAGGCAAAUUAUA